AUUUUCAGCAGGAAAGGCUUUCGUUUUUAAUCUUGUUCCCACAAUCAAUAUAUAUUUGGCAUGCGUUGGCCGAAUUCUUAAAAAGCCAUUCAACAUCGAUAACUUCGGGUUGAAAUUUUCUUAUGCAGGAAAAAGUCAUUCAAUGCAUGCGUUUUUAUUUAGAAAUCCAUUCAACAGUGGCGACUUUGGAUUGAAAUUCAGACAUGUUUUCUUUGGACUGAUAUUCAAAAUUGGGGGCUCUGGAUUGUAAGAUAAAAUGGGCUUGCAUUUUGUGUGAGAGACAUUGAAUUACUGAAUUGUAUAGUUUUAUACACUAUCAACUUUGGUAGAGAUGAGGACUACAUUGCCAAAUCUCCAUAUGAAUGAGAUGAUUGUAUUCCCUUCCAAUCAUCUCAAACCUCUGUUCGCAGGCAGCAGCUACAGAAGUUGUAUAGCACAUAUCAGCAAUGCAUACAAAAGUAACAGAGGUUUUCUCUGUAAUUCUGCUUCUCUGACUGCAUCUGAUCUGGUUAAGAGAAAACCCAAUUGCAGAGUAAUAGCAAAAUCACAGCUUGUGAAUGCAGUUGAGAAAACAGAUGAAGUUAAGGUGGGUGCAUUUGACUUCAAAAAAUACAUGGCCACCAAGAUCAGUGUGAUCAAUGACGCCCUAGAAAAGUGUGUAAGCCUCACAUACCCUGAGGUUUUACAUGAAGCAAUGAGGUACUCUCUUCUAGCUGGGGGGAAAAGAGUUAGACCCAUUUUGUGCCUUGCUGCUUUUGAGCUUGUUGGUGGAUCUGGGGAUUCAGCCAUGCCAGCUGCUUGUGCAGUGGAGAUCAUUCAUACCAUGUCCCUCAUGCAUGAUGAUUUACCCUGCCUGGACAAUGAUGAUUUAAGGAGAGGGAAACCCACAAACCAUAAAGUGUUUGGUGAGGAUGUUGCUCUGUUGGCAGGGGAUGCAAUGCUGUCAUUUGCAUUUGAGCAUGUUGCCUGUGCUACCAAAGGGGUUGAGGCAGAAAGGGUAUUGAGGGUCCUUUCUGAGUUGGGCAAGGCAAAUGGUACAGAAGGGCUAGUUGCGGGGCAGGUUGUGGAUGCUAGGAGUGCAGGUGUUUCUGAUGUGGGUCUAGACCUCCUUGAGUACAUUCAUUUGCAUAAAACAGCUGCUCUGUUGGAGGGAUCUGUAGUGGCUGGUGCAAUCCUUGGGGGUGGCUCUGAGGAAAAGAUUGAGAAACUGAGGAUGUUUGCAAGGUGUAUAGGCCUGCUUUUCCAGGUUGUUGAUGAUAUUCUUGAUAUUACUGAGUCAUCUCAUGAGCUUGGGAAGACUGCUGGGAAGGACCUCCUGGCUGAUAAGGCUACUUAUCCUAAACUGUUAGGGGUAGAAAAGUCCAGAACAUUGGCUGAAGAUCUGAGCAGGCAAGCCAAGGAACAGUUGUCUGCUUUUGAUGUGAACAAAGCAGCACCUCUGAUUUGUUUGGUUGAUUACAUUGCCCACAGGCAUAAUUAGGUUAUGCUAGGGCGGGGGACUGAAUAAAAUAUUACAUUGCCCACAGGCAUAAUUAGGUUAUGCUAGACUGGGAGACUUAUUAAAAUUUCAUUGUUAGGGAAAAUUGGGAGCUUUAUGAUAUCAAUACUUUUAUUUGAAAAUAAAGCUAUAUUAAAUGGGAAAAUAUAUAAACUACAUGCAAAUGUUAGAAUUUGAUAAAGAUGUAUUACAAGCAUGCCCUUCCCACGGAGUCACUUUUUAAUAUCAAAUGAUUUAUAAUUUUUUA